AUGUUUAACGAUCAGGACCUGGGAUUCUUUGCCAAUUCUCUGGGCAUCUUCAUAUUCUUUUUGGUUAUCGCUUAUCAUUUUGUGAUGGCAGAUCCAAAGUAUGCAGGAAACUAGAUGAUAGGACCAGAAAUGUAACUGGAUUAUGUUUUGAUAUGAUGUAGUGGUAGACCUUGAGAAAAUGCAUGAUGUGAGACAAUAUAUGAACUAGUUUGGUCAAUUUUCUUUCUUUGUGCACCUUAAACUCAAUUUCUUUGUUCAAAAUACACCAUUAUCUC